AUGACCAAGCCAAUAAUCCUCCACCUCGGCGACCCCAUCGCCUACAACCACGACCUCUACAACGGACCCCUCUCCACCCGCUUCACCAUCAUCCGGGACACCUCCCCGACGCGAGAAGCCUUUAUCGAGGCCUUGAAAACCAACAAAUACGGCCCCAUCACCGCCCUCCUCCGCCCGCACUUCUCCUCCGGCAAAACCAUGUCCCCCUGGGAUACCUCACUCAUCUCUCUCCUCCCACGCAGCGUAAAGAUCUUCGCCUCCGCCGGCGCGGGCUACAACGACGUCCACAUCCCAUCGCUCACAGCCCGCGGAAUCUACUACACGAACGGGGCGGGCGCGUCCGACGAAGCCGUCGCCGACACAACGCUGUACAUGAUCCUGAGCGUAUUCCGGAACUUUACUGCGCCGCAGAUCGCGGCGCGGUCCGGGGAUGAAGAGAAGUUCAUGGACUGUCAUAAGAACUUGGCGGACGUGUCGGUGAACCCCAGGGGGAAGGUGCUGGGACUUAUUGGGUUGGGGAGGAUAGGGAGUGAGGUGGUGAGGAAGGUGAGGGGGGCGUUGGGGAUGGAGGUGGUUUAUUAUGAUGCGGUGAGGGUGGACGAGGGUAGGGAGAGGGAGUUGGGGGUCAGAUGGGGGGGUGGGGUGAGGGGGGUGUUGGAGGAGGCGGAUUGUGUUUCGGUGCAUUGUCCGUUGAACGAGGACACUAAGGGGUUGAUUGAUGGGGAGAAGAUUGGGUGGAUGAAGCAUGGGGUGAGGAUUGUUAAUGUGGCGAGGGGGGGUGUGGUGGUUGAGGAGGAUUUGGUGGAGGGGUUGAGGUCUGGGAAGGUGGCUGCUGCUGCGUUGGAUGUUCAUGAGUUUGAACCGGUUGUUGAUGCUAGGUUGAGGAACAUGGAGAAUGUUACUCUUACGACGCAUGUUGGGGGUGGGGCGGUGGAGACUAGGAUUGGGUUUGAGAGGUUGGCGAUGGAGAAUAUUUUGGAGGUGAUUGGGGAUGAUGGGGAGGUCGUCGGGGAGCCGAUUACGGCUGUUAAUGGGGUGGAGGUUAGGGAGGUGUGGGAGAGGAUGGGGAGUGAGUAG